GGUGCGCGCGCGUUCAGCGGCCUCUUUGUGUGGUGCCCAGCUAGGGGAGCGGAGGUGGCGGUGGCGGUAGCGGUAGCGGCGGCGGCCUUGGUUGUCUUCCAGUCUCCUCGGCUCGCCCUCUAGCCAGCGCCUCUCCCCUUCCCUCCCCCUUCCUUUUUUCCUCCUUCCCUUCCCUUCCCUUCCUCCCUUCCCCGUCGGUGACCGGCGGUGGCGGCUCCAGCAACGGCUGGGCCCAGGCUGUAAAGAGGCCUUAGCCAGCGAUAACAGCGACGGCGAAACCUCGGAGCUCGCAGGGCGGGGGGAAGGCCCGGGCCGUGGAGAUGGAGAAUUCUCAGUUGUGUAAGCUGUUCAUCGGAGGCCUCAACGUGCAGACGAGUGAGUCGGGCCUGCGCGGCCACUUUGAGGCCUUUGGGACUCUGACGGACUGCGUGGUGGUGGUGAAUCCCCAGACCAAGCGCUCCCGUUGCUUCGGCUUCGUGACCUACUCCAAUGUGGAGGAGGCCGAUGCCGCCAUGGCCGCCUCGCCCCACGCCGUGGACGGCAACACGGUGGAGCUGAAGCGGGCGGUGUCCCGGGAGGAUUCGGCAAGGCCCGGUGCCCACGCCAAGGUUAAGAAGCUCUUUGUCGGGGGCCUAAAGGGAGACGUGGCCGAGGGCGACCUGAUCGAGCACUUCUCGCAGUUCGGCACCGUGGAAAAGGCCGAAAUUAUUGCCGACAAGCAGUCGGGCAAGAAGCGUGGCUUCGGCUUCGUGUAUUUUCAGAAUCACGACGCGGCAGACAAGGCCGCGGUGGUCAAGUUCCACCCGAUCCAGGGCCAUCGCGUGGAGGUGAAGAAGGCCGUCCCCAAGGAGGAUAUCCACUCCGGAGGGGGCGGAGGCGGCUCCCGGUCCUCGCGGGGCGGCCGGGGCGGCCGGGGCCGCGGCGGCGGUCGAGACCAGAACGGCCUGUCGAAGGGCGGCGGCGGCGGUUACAACAGCUAUGGUGGUUACGGCGGCGGCGGCGGCGGCGGCGGCUACAAUGCCUACGGAGGCGGCGGCGGCGGCGGCUCGUCCUACGGCGGAAGCGACUACGGCAACGGCUUCGGCGGCUUCGGCAGCUACAGCCAGCACCAGUCUUCCUACGGGCCCAUGAAGGGCGGCGGCGGCGGCGGCGGCAGCAGCUGGGGCGGUCGCAGUAACAGUGGACCUUACAGAGGCGGCUAUGGCGGUGGGGGUGGUUAUGGAGGCAGCUCCUUCUAAAAAAAAUUUUUAAAUGCCUGGGAGUGGCUAAUCCGGGGUAGCUCUUUUCAACCACCCAACUAAGGUCGACUCCUAAGUCCCUUCUCCUCCCACCGCCUUCCCCAUUUUUCCCUUGGGGGAGCUGCUUUCUGAGGCUGCUUACCCUUGGGGGUGUUGCCCCCUUUGCCUGCCACCUCUCUCGUCUCUCUCUGAAGAUGGACUUGCCCCCACAUACACAUUUUUGUGUUACAGUCAUUGAUGGACUCUAUUUUUUUAUUAUUACUUGGACCUUGGUCGUUUUUAUACUAGCAAAAUGUCUUGUUUUAAUUUGUGUUUUUUUUUGGGGGGGGGGAGGGAGUGAACUUGCUGAUUCUGUAGCAAAAUCUGGGCGGGGGUUGGGGUUGGGGGGUAGUUUACUUUGUUGUAAGGACUUGAUAUCUGGCUACAGCGUUUUCUAUGAAAUCUACUUGGAUCCCAUGCCUGAAAUUUGGAAGCAUAUGUACAAAAAUCAUUUUUACGUUUUAUUUUUAAUAAAUCAUUGUGUUUGACCGUACAUGUCUAACAUUUUUUUUCUAGGACCCAUUUCGUACCGUUUUAAGGGAUUUUUAGUUGAAAAAUUUACUUGUUAAUUCUUGAUGUAUAUUUAGAGAAACUUUUAAAGGUCCUGUGGGUUUUUUUUUUUUUCCCUUUUUCCUGUUGCCCUACUAGUGAUGUGUUGAAUUUUACCCCUUACAGGCAAAACUUUGGAAGUGGUGGAUGUGGCUUUUUAAAAUAAUUCAGUUUCUGUGCAUCCAUCUCUUGUACUAAGCGAUUUGCUUGUCAUCUUGACAUGGUUGGUCACUUCUUUGAGAAUUUACUUCAAAGUAUGUACUGUGUAGUUUUAAAGAAAUAGUUUGUGUUAAGCAUGUGUUUUCAUUCAUAAAACUGUUUAAAAUUUUUCAGAUGGCCUAGUUGAUUCAUCCUUCUUACUGGUUUGUCUGUAAUGAAUGGUUACAAAUAAGGGUUAUAUUUUGCCCUCAAACUAAAUGCAUUUUUGUAUUUUCAGAGAAGAUUUAAACGUUUUUUUUCCUAUAGCUGAACUGUUGUCCUCAUGGAAAUCCUUCCCCCUACCUUUGUAGCACCAUCUACUGGCAGAAUGGCAGUAUAUCUGCAAAACAAUUUGUUUAAAAACUUAGGACAAUUGCAUCAGAUUUAGAGGUUUUGCCAUCAAAGAUCUGUGCAGACUUUGGUUGCACGUUUACUUGUAACUGAGAUGGGCAUUACAGGAAUGUAGUUAACAGUCCAUAUCACAAUUGCCCCUUUCGACAUGAGAUUUGAAAAUGUAAACUGCUAUGCAUAGCUUGGGCAGUGGCCCCAAACUGCUAUGACAGCUAAUGAACCAGCUUCAUGUACUGGUAUAUAAGGUUCAAGUUGUAAAGCAAAAAUAUCUGUGUAUUCUGCUUGGUUAACAAAUGUAUAUUUGUAGCCCUUUCAUGCAAUAGAAUUCAAGUUGUUGUUUAUAAAAAAAAAAACAAAAUGAUAUAGGAGAAAAUUGCCUUCCUGGAUAGAAAUAUAGAAUAGCAACGUUUAUGGUUAUCACAAAUAAAGAAUUCGAUUCUUUACAUGA